AUGAAGUACGGCCGGAGCGGGCUACUUGCCAGACUUUCUGCAGAACCUUUUCGCCCUCAAGUAAGCGGUUUUCUCGAGGGAAAUCCAUUUUUAUGUGCUGCGGUGAUUAUUAAACAGAAUCCACCUCCCUUCCACAGCAAUGAUGUGGAUGUUGGCACGAGUCUUGAGGAACAUGUGAGAGAGAAAAGAAAGGACAAGGAAACUCAAGCCAGAGGAUGGUCGUGCAAGGAAUCGAACCCACGACACCACCGUCUAGUGGAGUGUGAUCCCGACAUUCAAACCACUAGACCACCGUACCCGCCCAACAAAACGGGUUUGGUUGCAGGUACGACCCCGGCAGACACCAACAUCACCUUGACCAGUGUGUCGGGAAGUACCUCUGCAGUCUUUGGGGAUAGCUUGGACUAUACGAUCACCAUUAUCCUUCCCAGUGGAAGCAUGAAUGUCUCUGUGGAGAUCUUCACGUCUGAUGCUGACACGGGGGCGGUCGCCUUUCAUCUUAGUGACGUGAAGGUGGUAACAAGCGCCACGGCAAUUACUCCUGCCGUCACAGGUAUCACGCCCGUCUACUACGUCAAUUCCUACUUCGACUGGGUGUACGACCACGUGAUCCUGAACUUCGGGACGCUGACAAACGCCGACACGGACACGACGAACUACGCCCUUUCCACAUUCACCGUGUCCUUCAAGGCGACCGCGGUGCUCGCGAACUCGAGUCUCACCUCGUCCAAGAUCCUCGCGGGGAUGGACUACGGCGCCUCCAACUACGUCUGGGUCGCCGAGGACACCAUCACUAUCUCACUCACCGAGACCUACAAUCCGAACGUGAUUCUCACCGGCACGAACGUAUGGACCGACGGCAACACGGCGUUCACGCUGACCGCCUACAUGAUCCGGGCGCCUCCGAACCUCAGGCUGCAGAUCUAUUCCCCCAAUAUCACCGCUGACCUGCUGGACAAAUUCACGCUUUCCUACGUCGGAAGGUCCCUAGGGAGUGGAUUCGCCUGCAGCGUGGGCCCCGAUUCGAGGACGACUUAUACCGUCACGAGAUCCCCGUCCACGGCCUCCGUCAUGCUCUCCGAACUCUACGAAAUUAAUCUCAUAAACUGCGGAACCGAAAACAUCAGCGACGUGAACAACGCGGUGACUUUCACGUUCAGCUUGAGCGUCAUGCCGGGGACUCCCCCGAACACGACCAUCCCGCUUUCGGCCGCCUUGAACAUGAACAACGUGAAGACCAUCUACAUCGGCGCGAUCACGGCGGUCACGCCGGAGCUCACUACGCCCGGGCCGGGGACUGUGGCCAGUUUGGUGAUGAACACGCCGGUCAGCCCGAUUCCGGAUGGUGGGACGGUAUAUAUCGACACGCAAAUUGAAGUCACAGCUGGGGCGCUCGAUUUUCAAUGCACAGUGACGCCGUCGGAAGCCGCGACAUUGGCCCUUGGCGUGCAGUACAUGAGAUGUGGCUCUAACAUCGCCCAGUUCAAUGCGCUCACGUCUCCCGACUACAUCACUUACUCGGGGAAUACCAUGACUUUCCGCCUCAAACUCGUGCAUGCCGCUGUUGCAACGGAUUCCAUCCAGAGCAAGGUUUACCUGCUUGUGGCCGUCACGGACGAGGAGGGAACCCCCCCGAGCAACGGCCAGAGCUUCACCGUCUCCAUCAGCUGCGCUAGUCUGACUAGCCAAACCACCGUGAACAUCCUGGACUCCGUGCUCAGCACAGUCGCCCCCAGUGCGAGUCUGAACUACGCCAUCGGGACGACGAGUACCCAGUGGCCCGUGUCAGGCCAGGUCUCCCUGGACCUCACAUUCAAUGUUCCACGUACGUCACCAUGUUUUUUGGCCUUCUUGGAGGAAUCUUUUGGUAUGAUGAGGUAUUCUGACAAAAUACCUCACGGCUCACUCUCCGUCCUUCCCUCCUCCCUCUCCUCAGCUCUCUCCUCCUCGCUCUCUUCCUCCUCCCUCCUCCCUCCCUCCCCUCCUCCCUUCGACGGCACACCAAGAGGACCAGGAUCGAGUGCGAAAUGCGCGAACGCAGUCAUGUCGAAGAUGCAGGCGGAGUUCAUGAGCCAGGCCAACUUCACCGCCUACGACAUCAGGAUCUGCAGGGUGGAAUUCAGCUUCAUCGGCCGGAAUCUCAUCACUCUUCAGUCUCAGAAGGGAACCCUGGAGAUGAACGCCUCGCAGCUCCUGACGACGCCGAAUCGCUCCUUCGUGGACUACUGGGUGUUGCCCAUAGGGUCCGUCUCGGCGCCUUUAAUCCCGGUCAUCACGGUCAACGCCACCGACUACUAUGCCACGCUGAACAUGGUCGCGGAACUCCCGCUCCAGGACCCGAGCAAGAGCAUCAGCGGCAUAUACACGCUUCAGAGUGGAAUCAGACUGUCGAGCAGCAUCAUCUUCGGAGGACAAGCCAAUUUCACGGUGGCCCCCAACUACAUCCCGAUUGCAGGGUCCAAAGCGGUCCUACUCGUCGUGGCACCCACCACCCCCAUCUUACCAGCGCGGAUGUUCGAGGCGGAUUUGUACCUGAAGAUCAAACCGCAAACGCACGGCCGGUUCAGAUUGAGGGUCUCGGCCCCCGCCGCCCAGCCCGUCACCGUCUGCACUCUGAGGAUCAAGGACGCCGGGCGGAACUUCCCCUGCCUGGAUAGAAGCCCAGAGGGGAAGUGGGGACCGACUCAGUCCACGAGGAUCUCCAGCACGAGGCAGAGCACCGCGAGCGGGAAAGCGAUGAACCAGGAGGUGCUGCUCGAAUUGGGGAUCGUCUCGAACGUCGGUACGUACACGUCGAAUCCCGCCGUCGUCGCAAUGGACGAAAGCACGAUCCUGGUGUCGGUGCUGGGUCAGCUCACGGAGCUGUCGCAGAAUGCCGCCGUGACUCAAGCCGUGCUGAACGUGACCAUGGAAGAUGUCUCCUCUCCUACCAUCGUCUCGAGCCAGAACCUCAUCGUUCCUGUGAACGGUUCCGCCGCAGUCACCGUCGGAAAUUUCACCGGGGUGACGGCGACAUUCCUCGACUACUACGAUCCCUUCACCGGCUAUUACCCGAUGGUGUCGAAAGUCAUUGUGGCUCACAUUCUCAUUCCUCCCGGAAACAAUUAUCUCAAGCUCAGUGCCCUGUUUGAGGUCGUGACUCCGGGGGUGGAAGUCUGCCAGGCUCACCUCGUCAAAGUGGGCUCAAACAUCCCCUGUUUGAACGGGACUAUCAACGACGAAUACCAACCUGCUUACAACCUCGGGGCGAAAGUAGGGGUGUCGGCAUUUCUCGGCUCUGUCUGUACGGGGACCGGCCUUGCUAAUGACACUUAUAUGGACGUGGCCGUGUCGUUCAUCGUCCCGAGCAACCUCGGCCCCGUGGAACUGAAGGUAUCUCUGGUCGACAACGCCGGGUCGCCCACGGCCAUCAACACCAUGACCGUUUCCCCGACCGCUGCGACGCCGAACGAGACGUACGUGUUGGGCAGCAACGUGACCGUGACCGGCAACGGGUCGACAAUCACGUUGAACCCCGGGCGAAUUGCCACUUUUGGCUUCUCCAUGAGUGUGCCUAUGGGGGCGUACAUACAGUUCAACCCGGUCAUCCAGACCCCGAGCCUCGGGGGUCGGGCCCAGAUGACCGUGAACGCCGUGAGAGUCCUGAACGCGGGGACGAAUCUGCUCUGUCUCAAAGCCCAGAAUCGCUUCUCUUCUGGGCUCUCCCAAUCCGAAAACAUCACAUCAAAUUUUUCCAGUCAGACCGAUUUGGCAAAGGUUCAGUUCGGGAUGGUUCGCGACACCGGACUGACGGGUGUCUUGGGCAUUCCGAGCGCGACAGACGACAUCGUGCAGAUGGAGGUCGACGUGGAGCUCACGGACCAUCCUGCGAACCUCAACGGGAUCACACUGCUGGUCUACCUCGGGAUAAACUACCCGGACGUCAUCGUGGUCGGCUUCCAGCAGUUCGUCGUGAGCCGAACCGGCAACGAACGGCCGGACAUCGACGUGAAUCUCUUCCUCAUCAGUCCAGCACAAGCCAUGCCGUUUCCGAGAAACUACGAUGUGGACCUGCGAGCUACAGUGGCGCACACGAACAUGUCGUCUCGAGAAGCGAACAACGCCCGGGUCCGCAUCGUCCUGCCGCCGUACGUGACCCCGGAAACCGCGUCCAUCUCGACCAACAAGACGAUCGCCUGGGUCAACGCGACGGACGUCCUGGACAUCGUGUUCGACCGAAUUCUCUUCUCCGACGUGAUCGAUAUGAACGUGACGGUGAAGGUGAAUCCCAACGACAUGAUGACGCCGAGGGGGACUUCGACCGGUCUCAACGCCACGACUCUCAUCCGACUCAUCUGCAACAUGGACCCACUUCCGGGAACGGCGAUUGGAAGCGCCAAGUGGCCAAGUGCCAGCACGGAUUUCUACUACUGCGGGAAGACCGACUACGUCAACUAUGCCAUCGUCGAUAACGCGCCCCUGGGCAUGCAGAGCCUGGAAAUCCAAGAUUGCCAGCUCGGCGCUUCUUCGGCCUACGACGACGCAUCGGCUCCUAAAUUCGCUCGUAUGGGACAGACGAGCGGAGUGUGGUCUCCUGGCAUCGUUCCCGGCGACGAGUACAGGCCGUACCUGCAGGUGAACUUCGGGAAUUACACUCAAGUGACCUCGAUCAUGAUCGAGAAACCAAUGACCUCGUAUCGGACCAUCGAGAGUUUCACUCUGCAGAGAAGCAUCGACACCGUCACCUUCCUCUUUCACGAAUCGGGGAGUUUUUCUGCAUCUGGGGUGUACAAUCUGACGGACCCCCUCUUCGGUCGAGCCAUGAGGCUCGUCAUCGAGUCUGCAUCCGACCCGGCCCAGAACGAGACCAAGCACAUCGGCGUCAGGGCGGAAUUCUACGGCUGCACCCUCUCGGCCGACGUGGCCGACCACUGCGCGUUCCCCGCCCCUCCGACCCGCAUGACCAACGACAGCGGCCAGUGGAGGCAUUUCGCCGUCGACACCGUCAGGGAUCUCGUCUACUUCUGCGACUACAAUCCCAAGACGGACGACAUGAGCUGCUUCAGCGGGGAUCCCAACAGCAACACCUGGACCGCUUUGCCGCCGUACAUCUCCCAGAUCGCCGGAUUCGACAGGACCCACAUGUACAUCCUCGCCCACGACAAGUACCAACGCGCGUACCUCAGCUCCGAGGACGGAGUGAAGUGGAUGGUGAUCGACAAGACGGAGUACCAGACGGCCAUCGCGUCCGCCACGUUCCAACAGUCCGUGGCCGUGCCGGGGAAUCCGUCCGGGGCCACCAGCGUCGCUUUCCCCAACUCAGCCUGGACGGCGGACUUCAGCGGCUUGAUGCGCCUCAACGUCCGAGUGGUGGAUUGGUCCAACUGCUGCCGCUAGACGCCGGGGAGGAGGUCGAGGGGCUUCGUCUGUCUCUCACUGGAUGUCGCCGGAUGUCAUCGGGUGUUGCCGGAUCAAAAAGAUCCGGCAACACCCGAUGACUUUGGAGCUAUUGCUCGAUCUCGGUUCUUUCUUUGGGGGAUCCCUCAAUUCUUUCCUUUUCAACCGGUUUCGCUUCGUUUGGGGACUUUAGUUCGUCGUAGGUUUUUUAUUUUCGUUCGGGGAUCUCUUCUUUUUCCAUGACCAUUCCUUCUUCUUCAGCAUAAAAUACACGGGUGUCGCAUUC